CUCGCAAGAAAAAAAGCCAAAAAACAACAACAACAACAACAAAACGGCAGCGCGGCUCGAUAACGCCCGUGACCCCCUCGCUGCCAUCGCCUUGAACACCUCAUCAGCUGUGGAUGACCAGGGGCAUUGACCAUCAUUUGAUUAGUUGGGACCAGGUCUUUCUUCUUUUGACAUUGAUAUCAACGCCUCACCGCGCGUCUUGCUCGUGACGUUGCCGCCGCCAUUGCCAACGACAGUAACAGCACAAUGGAGACGCGUCCCGCCGCUCUGAAGCUUCGCUUGGAUAGCUUGCGCAGCACCAUUCGCAACCAGGACCUCACCGGUGCACUGCGCCAACUCGAACGCCUGAUUGAAGACGCCAUCGAGCGCGCGACCGACAUUUUGCGCCGUGCUUCAGACAAGCUCAAGACCCCACGGGCUCGAGACCCCACAACUGAUCCGCUUCUUGUCGGCGACCAAGAAGACACGGAUCCGCUUGAGAGCCAUAAAUCACGCUCAGCAAGCCAAGUCCCUCUCCUGGUCAUCCCACCUUCUCAACAGGCAGCCGAUCCUGGCCUCCUUCAACAAGCUCAAGACCUUGCUCAGACACAAGACUUGGUCAUUGGCAUUGCGGAGGACGUUCGUGCAGCAUUGGCCGUACAACGCGACAAGCUGGAUGACAUUGAGAGCCACUUGGUCUCCUCUCAGGCUCGGAUCACCCAGGGCGCAAAAGAGUUGGCACAGACGAAUGAGAACAAGACUUGGUUGUCUGGUGCCCGAGGUGCACUCACCGUGGGCAGCCUAGUAGGAUUGACAGGCCUGGUAGUUGCUGGACCGGUGGGGGCGCUGAUUGGCGUGGGCGCUGGCGCCUCCGUGGGCGCUGGCAUGGGCGGUUGGCUCAACCGCAACAACAAGCGCCAGACACAAGCCACAGCUAGUGGGCUGCAAUAG